UCGGCCGCCGCCGGAGCCGCUCGGAGCUGCGCGAACAUGGCCGAAGUCGGCGAGGACAGCGGCGCCCGCGCCUUGCUGGCGCUGCGCUCGGCUCCCUGCAGCCCCGUGCUGUGUGCCGCGGCCGCGGCCGCCGCCUUCCCGGCCACCGCGUCCCCGCCGCCGCCGACACAGCCUCCGCCCGGGCCGCCCGCCCUGCCCGCUGUGCCCGGCCCCGGCCCGGUGCCCUCCACCGCCGCCACUGCCACCACUGCCGCGCCCGCCUUGGUGGCCGCGGCCGCCGCCUCCGUGCGCCAGAGCCCUGGGCCGGCUCUAGCGCGCCUGGAGGGCCGGGAGUUCGAGUUUCUGAUGCGACAGCCCAGCGUCACCAUCGGCCGCAACUCGUCGCAGGGCUCGGUGGACCUGAGCAUGGGCCUGUCGAGCUUCAUCUCCCGGCGCCACCUGCAGCUCAGCUUCCAGGAGCCUCACUUCUAUCUGCGCUGCCUGGGCAAGAACGGUGUCUUCGUGGACGGAGCCUUCCAGAGGCGGGGAGCACCAGCCCUUCAGCUGCCCCAACAAUGCACCUUCCGGUUCCCCAGCACAGCCAUCAAGAUCCAGUUCACAUCCCUGUACCAUAAGGAGGAAGCCCCAGCAUCUCCCCUGCGGCCACUCUACCCUCAGAUCUCUCCACUGAAGAUCCACAUUCCGGAGCCGGACCUCCGGAGCCUCGUCAGCCCCAUCCCUUCCCCGACCGGCACCAUAAGUGUUCCUAACUCCUGUCCAGCCAGUCCUCGAGGAGCUGGGUCGUCCAGUUACCGCUUCGUCCAGAACGUGACAUCAGACCUUCAGCUGGCCGCAGAGUUCGCAGCAAAGGCAGCCUCUGAGCAGCAAGCAGACACGUCUGGUGGGGACAGCCCCAAGGACGAGUCGAAGCCACCAUACUCCUAUGCGCAGCUGAUCGUGCAAGCCAUCUCCUCGGCACAGGACAGGCAGCUAACACUAAGUGGCAUCUACGCCCACAUCACCAAACAUUACCCUUACUACAGGACUGCUGACAAGGGCUGGCAGAACUCUAUCCGACACAACCUCUCUCUUAACCGUUACUUUAUCAAAGUCCCUCGGUCCCAGGAGGAGCCUGGGAAGGGCUCUUUUUGGCGAAUAGACCCUGCCUCUGAAGCCAAACUUGUGGAACAAGCAUUCCGAAAGCGGAGACAGAGAGGUGUCUCCUGCUUCCGCACCCCCUUCGGGCCUCUGUCCUCACGGAGUGCUCCAGCUUCACCCACCCACCCUGGACUUAUGUCCCCUCGUUCCAGUGGCCUGCAGACCCCAGAGUGCCUGUCGCGGGAGGGCUCCCCCAUUCCACAUGAUCCCGACUUGGGGUCAAAGUUAGCCUCUGUUCCAGAGUAUCGCUAUUCCCAGAGCGCCCCGGGAUCCCCUGUCAGCGCCCAGCCGGUGAUUAUGGCUGUCCCUCCCCGACCUUCCAACUUAGUGGCUAAGCCUGUGGCCUACAUGCCAGCUUCCAUAGUGACCUCACAGCAGCCCCCAGGCCAUGCUAUCCAUGUGGUACAGCAGGCCCCCACCGUCACCAUGGUGAGGGUGGUAACCACCUCUGCCAACUCAGCCAAUGGGUACAUCCUCGCUAGCCAGGGCUCAGCCGGGGCCUCCCACGACACAGCAGGCACAGCCGUGUUGGACCUGGGCAAUGAGACAAGAGGUUUGGAAGAGAAACCUACCAUAGCAUUUGCCACAAUCCCUGCAGCCAGCCGAGUUAUCCAGACGGUCGCCAGCCAGAUGGCUCCAGGAGUCCCUGGGCACACAGUCACCAUCCUGCAGCCAGCCACACCAGUGACCAUCGGGCAGCACCAUCUUCCAGUCCGGGCUGUCACUCAGAACGGGAAACAUGCUGUGCCCACGAAUAGCUUAACUGGCAACGCUUAUGCCCUCACCAGCCCCCUGCAGCUCCUGGCCGCCCAGGCGAGUUCAUCCACGCCAGUAGUCAUCACCCGAGUGUGCGAGGUAGGGCCUGAGGAGCCAACAGCAGCUGUCUCGGCGGCCACUAAUGCCACGCCGACCCCAGCAACCUCCACUACCACACCUGCCUCUUCCAGUGGGGAGCCUGAGGUCAAGAGGUCCCGGGUAGAGGAGCCCAGUGGGACAGCCACCACACAGCCCACAGCAAUGGCAGCCACUGGCCCACAGGGCCCAGGUACCGGCGAGUGAAGUCACCUACAGGAAGGUGGAGUGGGACUCACGCCGCAGGUGCCCAGGUGGCUAGCAGCUGCACUCAAGGACGGAGUCGAGAACCUCACCGCUGUCUGCAGCACAUGCGCCAUGAGCGUGGCCACCACACCUGAACAAUUUCCUUUUUAUCUCCUGUCCUCCCAUGGUUUGAAACAAAACACAUAAACACGUUCAGACAACUUGAUUGUAUGAAUCUGGGGGUUCUGUGUGUUUAUUUCCCCCUCCCUCAUGCCAUCACCUCUCCCCAGUUCUGUGGGACAAGGUCUAGCCCAGCUCCUCAGGAACCAAUCCCAGCCAGCACCCUCAAGAAGAAUGAGCCCCACGAGUGGACAGAGGUGCAGCACAAACCCAGGCUGCUCUCCUUGGGAGCCAAUCCACAGACUUCCUGUUUGUAACUGAGUGGGAACUGACCAGAGAACAGAGCGGCGGGAACAUCCCAGCCUGUGGCUGGGAUGCACAAUCCUCUCCCCAAAAGUGACAUAGGUUUCGGCAUUAACUGGGGUCAGGAGGUCUACCUUGGCUUUGGACCCUAAAAUAUUUCCUACAGUUAAACAUGGAAUGUUGGAAUGUGGGCUCAUCUCAAAAGUGAGACACACGGAAGGGUUCACAUGUCUUUGGAGUUCCCUCUGGUAGCCAGGUGAGCAGCUGCAGGCGCGGGCACUUGCCCACACCAGCCCGUUGAACAUGCCGCUCUCCCAGAUAACUCCAAGAAGGAUCAGCGGCUCCCACAUUAAUGCUGUAAAGUGCUUUGGGUGGAAAAAUCAGCCCAGGGCCAGCACCCGUGGCAUCCAUUUCCACAGCGCUGCCUGAGCCGAGAGCUGCAAGCUACAGCGGAUAUCCAGGGAAACCAGGGAAGCUUCAGGGGAUGUCAGCCAGCCCCUUGCUCAGCAGGGAGGAUAUUGGCACGUGCCAGUGGAAGAUGGCAGGGAAUGUGUCCUGUGUUUCUGGCAGCUGGAGGAUCUGUGCAACGCUGUGCUCAUACUGUCUUUUCCUCACACAUUCCAGUUUCUUGGGCACCCCAAGACAUGUCCAGUUUGCAAAUGGAAACCCUCUCUUCUACCUGAAGCUGGGGGUCCCUGGCCAUUAUCCACCGGAAAGGAAACUACCUCUCCGGACAGCAGUUGGUGCCAAGUUUGAUUAUAGUGUGGCAAGAACCAAAGUAUGGGGACCAGCCCAGGACUUGGGUCCCCAGCGAAGGUCCCUUUGCAUGCCCUGACAAGCUACCAGCAGCACCUUUCGACAUACACCAAGUCACAGAACUAGGAGCCUUUGAACGUUUCCUGGCUGCAUGACAGGGCACUUCAAGGCAGUCAGAAGCUCAGUGUUGGUCCUCCUGGAGGGUGAGCCAUAAGCAACAGCAGCAGCUUGGGCAGAGAGCCCCAUAAGAGUCUACUUAUCCUUUGCAUCAGCCUCCCACCAUCCUUCUGCCUCUGCAUGGGCCAGAAGAGCAAAGAGCCAAUGAGCAAAAAGCAGGCAAUCCCAGGGAAGGAAGGGGCCGCAGCUGUACAAGCUGCCUUUGCUGGAAGGGAUGCCAGUCAAUGACCUGGAGGCUGUGGUCACACCAAAGCAGAUAAUCCAGUUGGAUGAACCCAAGCUCCACCCCAUAGCUGCCACCAUUGGAGCCACCAAUUCCCCACAUACAUCAGGGACCAGUGUGGAGUGCCUGUCCGGCCCUCUUGAGCUAUCUUCCAAGCUCCCCAGCCAGUCGUUUCUGUAGUACUAAACUUCAAGCUGGAAGUAAGCUGUGUUUUGAAGGCUUCCUGUCUGUUGUCUGGGAGGUUUCAGAGAGGUGGGGCUGAGGUGGCUGUGGCUGGGGGAGGGUUUUCCAGGUGGAACUGCUCCUUGGAGCAGACAGAGGGCUCUAUCCCACAUCUCUUUGUGCCUGGCAUGAACUUGUCGUCUCUGUGUGCCUGGUGUGAGCAUGGAGUUAGGGAAAGCGGGAAUGGGCUGAGGCCACAAGGGACAUUAGUGCCACCUACUGAUCUUCCCCUCCAUCACCAUUUACUCCAAGGCUGUGCAGGGUCACCCUGCAAGGCAGAUUAAGAUUAUGUGUGGAUUGUCAUUGUAGGCACUGUGCAACCUCCACAUGGAACUAUGGGUCACCAUCUGCCACAUCUGUCAUCAGGUCUCAGAAUGGCCCUGACCUGUUUGCUCUCCAGGCUGCUAAAACACCAUGGUCUCCAUCCUCUGCAGCAGAUCCUGUCACCAUUAACACAGGCGUGGAAGGAUGUGGAGGGAGAGAGUGGAAUACACUGUCCCAGUGUCCUACAGGACCUUAAGGCAGAGGGUCCUGUGCCUCUAGUUGGGCAGCCUGAGCUAGAAAGGAGAAGGCUAGCCUGGUGCUGCUGCUCUGGAAAUGGAUUUGGUCAUCUACCAGGCAGUAUCCCUGACUUGUACCAGCUUCUGCCCACAAGAGCCACAGACCCAGAAUAGCCAGUGCUCAGAGCAGGAAUGGAUAGCCAGCUGAAACCUGCUCCCAUGAACUCUGGGACACCAAGUGGAGUUCAUCUAAACUAUCUGUGGAAACCAGAGCCUGGGCCAGGGGCCAGAAAGACCAUGACCAUCGACUGUGUAGACCAUGGCUGGGGAACUGGCACACUGGGGUCCCCAUCUCUGGUACUGAGCUUGCCCUGUUGUGGUAAGUGUUGCCUGGCAGAUCAGGUGCCUGGCUGUCCACACAUCUACUGUCUUCUGCUUUGUAUCUGGGACUUGCCAGACUCAAGAUGCUGCAAGCAUAGGAAGUUACCAUGGUGACUGGAAGCAAAGAGACCCUGCCUGCUUGCACUCUCGCUCUGUUCCUCCUCCCCUGCCAAUCUCUUCCUUUUCCUCCUCUUCCCUCCCCUUAUCUUCCCCCUCCUAUUCCUAUCUUCUCUCCCUCCUCCUUGCCUCUUCUGUCUUCUCCCCUACCUCAGCUUGGCGGCCAGGGCAUGCUAAACAUGUCUGUCAUCAGCUCACAGAGCCUUGCCAUUGUGCAAGGUGGGGUAUCUGACUCACUGUCCCCUUCCCACUUUCUACACCAAAUAAGCUACAGAUCUACCACCUCCCGCUCCCGCCUCCGCCCCCGCCCCAGGCUCUCCGGGGUCUGAGAUAAUAGGUACCACUCAUUUUUCCUCUGAAAGAAGGAAUGGCCUUCCACCGUAAUCUGGGAUAGCUAGAAAUGGGUACAGCCAGGUGAUGGGGUCAGUGUCUUCCUUUACAGAAAUGAGGGGACCCCUUUGGGCAGUGGUAAAAGAGUUAAAAGCAAGAAAUGUUUCCCAUGGGAAAGAAACGGUGGUGGAAUGGAAUGUUAAGUGCUUUUUUCCUCAAAAACCUCAAAUCCCACAUUGCACCCAUGUGACGUUGCCCGCUCUGGAGUGGGCACCCCUACCUUGCUGACCAAGCCCUUCCCUCCCCAUCUGAAUAGCUCAGUGCCUGCCCUAAAGUAAGUCAGGAAGUGAGUGAGUCUCUGUUCUGGUGAAAGAUCCCUUGUGUAGGGAGCAGCGCAUCCCGAUCACUAGUGGUAAAAUCUCCACAGGGUAGCCACUUGUUUUGGCUCAGGGUGACAAAGUGGUGGCCUGUGUCGCCUCACCUCCGGUCUCUCAGAAUACCUCUGCUUAAGAAGCAAUAUUACAAAGGGUAAGUCAAGUUGUCCCAAAGAUCACAGCUGCUGACUCCAGCUUCCCUGGGGAGCAGGGUCUCCAACAUGCACUUAGGCUUGGGGGAGGCAGGUGAGGGCUGGGAACAGACGAUAGCCAAGGCCUCCUCUGACUCCCACCUGCCACUGCAGGCCUGUUCCCAGUCCCCUUUCAUCUUGUGAGCCCCCUUGACUUCAGAGUGGUUCUGGCAUCACCUACUUGUUGGGCUCUGGGUUUUUGUUUUCUUCCGUUCUUGGGGUUUGUUUUGUCUUGUUUCUUGUGGUGCUGGAGAUUAAAUGCAGGGCCUCAAAUGCACUAGGUAAAGCCUCUAGGCAAGGGCUCCUUGCCACUGAGCCACACACCCAGCCCAGCCCUAUUGAUUUUUUUAAACUUGAGACAGGGUCUCACAAAACUGCCCAGGCUGGCCUUGAACUUGCAACCCUCUCGUCUCAGCUUCCUGAAUUGCUAGGGUAAUGGGCCUAUGUGUCACUGUGGCCCAGUGCUCCUUGUGUUUUUUGGUUUGGGUUUCUUUUUCUUUUUUCUGUACCAAAAGCUGCUAUGUUGGUAACAGAGGAGGGUGUGGCCUAGAUGCCCCUACAGACCAGCACAUGGCACCCACUUCCCACAGCCUGUGGUUUGAACAAUUUGGAACUAUCCAAUGGACUGUUCUUGGGGUUACCUCUUCCCUCCCUCUGGCCUCCCCAUUGCUAACCCCUGAAGGCCCACCAGCUUGGCAAGUGGAGUUCUGAGAGUCAACCACAGGCAUCUCCUUUGAAGUAACACAGACCCAUUUCACUGACGGUUUUCAGGGAAAAUAGUUUUCUACUUGUGUUAAAAAAACAAAAACAAAAACAAAAAACAAAAAACAAAAAAAAAAAACAAAGCUACUUGAGUGACCCUGGCUGGUCCUACCUGCUCCUCUUCUCUCUUCUCCAGCACUGUGAGCUUCUCUCUGGCAGGCUUCAGCUCUGCUGCUGUAGGGAACAUUCUAGAACUACCAUCCAGGUGGUCAGAGUCAAACACCCUGGCACAUCCCAUGGAUGAGACCAGCUACAUGCCUUAUCCGGAAGUACCACCUGGGUGUGAGGCAAGACAGAGGGUCCCCUGAAGUUCUGGGUGAGAGGGAGUGGCCAUCCAGAGGGCAGCAUGGCAGGAGCUAGGGGAAGGUGAGCCGGGGGAACUGCAUGCUAAGGGUUGCCUUCACCUCUGUCUUAGCCCUCAAAGCUGGUGCAUCAGUGGCAAAGGGAGCAGAUCCCUUAACCGUGGGCAUCUCUCUCCAAGAGGAAACUUCACGAGGAGGGCUUCACUCUCGGAGAAAAGCAGUAUACUUGGGCUCAGCUUGCAAACACAGGCUGCCCAGGACCCCCAGAACCCUCUCCUCUAGCCAUCAUCUGUCCCCUAAGCCCUACCUCUUGAGAGUUAGAGGAUCAAAAGAGCUUGAUGCUUUACCUCCCGAAUCCUUGCUCCUUUGACUACUCACAAAAUGAACAGAAGGUGUGGAGGAACCUGGGCCCCAGGAGUAGAGACGAAGCUUGAAGGUAGACAGUGCCCAGGCUUUGUCCAUGCCCUCUGCAUCUGAGCACUUGCCGCCAUCAGAGCAACCUCAGCACUGUACCCUGAGUCCCUGGGGGCUAUGCUAACCUUGUAGAGUGAGCCCCAUGAUCCACUGAGUAUUCAUGUUCUCUGUCCUGUAUGUAUCCAACUAAGUGAUGCCCUGGCCUCUUGAGUCCGAAUUGGCUGAACUAGAACUUUUCUUUUUAAUUAGUAAAAUUGGGAAUUAAAAAAAAAGUCUAACAUUUUCAUUUUCAACCCUCUCUCCCAUCUUCCCUUCUUAAUAUCCUUCCUGGGGGGGGGGGAUCUGGAAUCCCUAAUAAUACCUUAGCUUGAUUCCUGGGCUGGGAAAAAGGUCGUGGGGGCAGGAAGGAGAGGCCCAAACUGUCUUCCAGGUCUCUCCUAGAAUUCUGCUGUGUCCGGGGGGAGGGGGCAGCAGCUGUGCACGUGUGAGGGAGGGGCUAAAGCCAAUAGUGAGGCUGUUCUUUUUCUUAACUGAAUGAUAAUUCUGUAAAAGUAACUGGGGGGAGGGUGUUCAGGGAGUAUGUGUGUGCGCGCUCACAUGUGUGGUUUUGUUUUUGUUUUAUACAGUGGCUGUCUAAAGUGUUUCCAUGAUAUGUUUAACACAUAGUGCUUUAAAAGCAGUGGUAUCCUAUGCGCUGGGAAUCCCAGUUCCAGAUAUGGGACAUGCCCCACCUCAGUGGGUGAAGGUCCCACCCAGGAGGUAGAGUUAAGGGCUGGGAUCAGAAAGGCCUGUGGACCCACAUCCCAAGCAGCAUCACCUGGGCAUUCAUUUCAAACGGGAUACAGUAUUUUUUUUAUAACAGAACCAUCCUUUUUUUAAAAAAAGAGUUUGACACCUGAAUGUGAUUUCUAACUUUUAUUAGACGUUAAUGUUUUAAAUCUAUAACAAAGUGGAAAAUUUCUACUUUUCUUUUUCAUCCAUUUGAACUGUUCUUUUAUCUAUUCGAUUGUUGUAUGUGGGCGGGGAAGCUCUGUUUUCUCCUCUUAGUGUUUGUUUCUAUAACCAGAAAUAAAAAUUAUAUAUUAAAGAGAUGUA